CACCAACACUAACACUGUUCACCUCAACCCCCAACCACCCACCAUGGGCCUCUUCAGCUCGCUCCGCUCCAAGCCCGACCCGGAAGCCCUCGAGGCCGAGAUAUCCCGCCUCGAGGCCCUCCGGUGGCCCGACGACGCCUCGCGCGCCAUCGUGGCCAGGUAUCAGGCGACCGUCGGGCUGUCGCAUGUCCGCACGGCCGACCCGCGCAAGUACCUCAAGUACCUUGACACGGGGUACUUUGAGCCGAUCCCGACGGCGUGGGCAAACUCGCCGGCGAGCCCGCUCUGCCAGCCUUGCUUUGGCCAGUGGGACGACGAGGGGGAGAAACGGCUGUACUGGACGCUCAACCAGGCGCGCCACCACGGAGUGCCGCAGCUGUCGUUCAUGCGCCCGAGCGAGAUUGCAGAGCAGCGUAUGGCGCGCGAGAGGAUGCGCCGCGCGAGGGCUAUUGACCCGCGGUACGCGAGCCGGUACGACGCCUUCCUUGGCCAGUAUGGCCGCAAGGGAUACUCGAAGCAGGUUCCCGCGGCGCCGCUGCACCGCGAGUUUGUCGACCUGGGCAAGAGCCACCCCGGCGGCGGUGGCAUCGACACGAUGCUCAUGAUUGAUGUGUCUGGCUCUAUGGGCUGGGAUCACUACCGCGACGGGUUCGAGCAGCCGCGGCACAUUGACGUGGUGCACUCUAUCCUCGGGCGGGCAGUGCACCACACGACCCCGCGCGACCACUACACUGCUGGCGGCGAGGCAGGGAUCGGCGUCGUGACGUUCUCGACGUACGGGCGGUACGUCGGCAAGCUGUCCGAGCGCAACUUUCCCACCAUGUGGUCCGACAUCCAGAACUCGGUCGGCGGGGGCACGCAGGUCAUGGCCGGCUGGCAGAAGGUGAAGCAGCUGCACUUUGAGCGGCACGGCCAGGCGGCCGGCGCGACCUGGCACCACACGUACGGGUGGCAGGCGCCCCCCGGAAUGGUCAAGCUCAGCCUGCUCGUGCUGCUCGACGGCGAAGCGAACGACAUGGACGAGUGGGAGCUCGAGCUGCUCUCCGAGUCGUGGGCGUACGUCACGAUUCUGCUGAUUGGGCGCGACGGCUGCCCCCAGCACCACCGGCACGCGAACGAGCUCGAGCGCGUGUCCCGCGCCAACCCCCACAUCCAGUUCUUCGACUGCCAGGGCCGCAUGUGCGAGCGCCUGCUGCUGCACGACGUGCUCCAGGCGCUGUACCCCGCCCAGCCGGUCAGCGACGCCGAGAUCCUCGACCCGAAGUACGACCACCCGCCGCCUGCGUACACGCCGUAUGCGAAGGCAUGAGCCGGCCGAGGACGAGCCGAAGGCGAGUCCGAGGAGCACGAAGUGACGCCAGGGAAGACGACGAAGUAGAAUGACGUCUGUGUGUAUUCUGUUUUGAGAAGUAAUUCUAUGCAUGUAGCUUGUAGGCUGG